AUGGCGGAUACGGAUCCACAGCUUAUGACCGCUAUUAUUUUCCACUGUAAUGAGAAAUAUUAUCGGCAUAUGCAAAAUAUAGCAAGGGAAGGUCUGCAGAAAUACUACAAUGAUCCCGUGCUUCUAUUUUUUUAAAGCUUUUGGCAUCCUGAUGGAAGACCGAGUGCAGGAGGCCAUUCGAGAGCUAGAGUCCAUCAGAGAAGUUCCAGAUGUCUCUUUAUGCACCCUUAUGCUUCUAAUUUAUACUCAUAAGAAAAGUGGUACCUUUGAUCGUGAGGAGGUUUCUGAACUGGAAAGUAAGUUAAAAGAAAACCGAAGGUCAGCAGGACCUAAAGCUCUCUAUUAUGCAGGACUACUUCUGUGGCUGCUUGGAAGAAGUGACAAGGCACAGGAGUAUGUUGACAGGAUGCUGAAAAUGUCCAACAGGUCAAAUGAGGGGUUGGUGCUGAAAGGAUGGCUUCUCUUAACCCUAGAACCCUCUUUGGCAAAGUGUGUUAAGUAUUUUGAAGAGGGAACGCAGAGCAACAAAGACUUGUUAGGAAUGAUUGGAAAGGCUGAAUGUUUCAUAAUGCAGAAGAAUUACUCUGGAGCCCUGGAUAUAAUUAACCAGAUCAUUGUUAAUUUUCCUAAAUUUCUAAUAGCACUGACUUUAAAGAUGAGAUAUGUUCUAGCACAGCAAGACUGGGACCAAAGCCUUGAAACAGCACAACGCAUCUUAUCAAUAGAUGGAAAAAACAUUGAUGCCUUUCAGAUGUUAGCCAUAUACUCACUAACAAGGGAAGGAAAUAUACCAAAGGCUCUCACCUACGUGAAAGACCUGAUCAAUGCUGUGGAGAUGAUGGAGCCCCGGAACCCAGUCCUUCACUUCCAGAAGUUCCGUGUAAUUUGCAGCUUGUGUGGAAGGAACAGAUCAAUUCUACAAGAGAUCUCUGGGUUCCUGGAGCGCACGUACAAUAAAUCUCCUGAACAUGCUGAGCUUGCUGUAGAUCUGGGCAAACUGCACAUGUAUCAAGGCAAUGUGUCUGAAGCUGCUAACUGGUAUUCUGCUGCUAUGAAGCUGGAUGUAAAUCAUGUAGAAGCCCUUACAGGUAUUAUAUGGUGCCAGAUACUCCAAAACAACCUGGAAGAUGCAGAACAGCAGCUGGAUUUCCUGCGUGAGGUGCAGCAAUCACUGGGAAGAUCAAAGGAGUUAUGCUAUGUGGAAGCUGUCCUUGCAUCCAAGAAGGGAAAAGAAGAGAAGAUUAUAUUAGACCAUCUGAGAGAAUCAUUGGAGAUGCACUUUGCCACAUUAAACAGUCUUCCCCUGGGGGUGGAAUACUUAGAAAAAUUGGACCCCACGUUUAUUGUUGAUGUUGUGAAAAUGUAUUUGGAAUUUUGUCCAAAGCAGCCUGCAUCCCCAGGGCAAACCAUAUCACCGUUCCUAGAAAAGGUAGCAACCAUUCUGUCUCCUGUAAUUGCAGUAGCCCCGUGUUUACCAGAGCCUCUCUUUUUCAAGUCACAAGUCAUUUACUUGACAGGUAAUUUUGAUGGAGCACAAGGAACCUUACAGCGCUGUAUAGAGCUGAAUCCUGAGUGGGCUGACGCUCACCUUCUUAUGGCCCAGAUCUACCUGUCACAAGAAAAGUAUUCUGAAUGCUCAGUGUCACUAGAAACUGGAGUCAGCCACAACUUUAAGGUUCGAGAACAUCCUAUUUAUUAUUUAAUUAAGGCUAAGGUUCUGGAGAAAACAGAAAACCGUGCAGAAGCUAUACAGAUGCUAAGAAUGGCUAUGAGCCUCCCUGAGAUGAAAAUGUGGAGUGGCUGGAAGAAGUAAAACUGGAAGCCUUAGUAUAAGUGACAGAGUGUCUAUAUAUCUGGAACUGGCCAAACUUCUUCGUUUAAAUGGAGAGCAGCAUGAAGCUACAAAGAUAAUACAAGAUGCAGUCAAUGCAUUUCAUGGGACCCCAGAAGAAAUUCGAAUCAUUAUAGCUAAUGCAGACAUGUCCCUCAGUAAAGGCGAUACAGAGUCAGCGCUAAGCAUGCUGAGAGACAUCACACCAAACCAGCAAUACUACAUCGAGGUCAAGCAAAAGAUGGCAGAAGUUUAUCUGAAAAAUCGAAAGGAUAAAAAAUUAUACAUUGCUUGCUACAGAGAGCUGAGCGAGAAGUUGCCUGGCCCACAGACAAGUCUUCUUCUGGGAGAUGCCUACAUGAACAUUCAGGAGCCAGAGAAAGCCUUAGAGGUCUAUGAUCAAGCACAAAGAAAGAAGCCAAAAGAUGCAGCACUUACAAGCAGGGUUGGACUAUCGCUUAUGAGAACCCAUCAGUAUAAAAAGGCAGUAAAUUACUAUGAAGCUGCUCUAAAGAUGAGUGCAGAGGAUUUCUGAUUUCUGUGCUGUGAUCUUGCUGAACUUUUUCUUAAACUGAAGAACUAUAAAAAAGCAGAAGAUCUCCUGACACACGCUCUGAAUCACGAGCCUGUUUCUGAUUUGCCCUCACUGUUUAAUGAUGUGAAGUUUCUCAUUUUACUUGGGCGUACAUACAAAAACUAUAAAACAGAAGAAAUGGUUGACACGUUAAACAAGGCACUGGACAUUCAGAUGAGGAUAUUGAAGCGAGUUCCUUUUGAACAACCAGAUAUGAUCACAAAUCAGUUACAAGUGGCUUCCAAAAUCUGUGUACAACUUGCUGAACAUUACUUAGGGGAGAAGGAUUACACAAAUGCACUGAAAUACUACAAAGAUGCAAUUUCAUACUACGACACAGACAAUAAAGUUUUGCUACAGUUGUCAUGCCUGUUCCUUAUAAUGGAUGACUUGGAUGCCUGUGAAAUGCAGUGCAAUGUCUUACUUCAGGACCCAAGAUAUAAAGAGGAAGCUACCAUGAUGAUGGCAGACAUCAUGUUCCGGAAACAGCAGUAUGACAAAGCUAUAGAACAUUUUCACCAGGUUCUGGAAAAAACACCAGAUAAUUUUACAGUCUUGAGUAAACUGAUUGACUUACUAAGAAGAAGUGGAAAGCUGGAUGAUGCUCCAAAGUUCUUUGAUCUGGCGUUGACUGCAUCUUCAAGGACCACACUAGAACCUGGCUAUAAUUACUGUAAAGGUCUUCAUUGUUGGCAUCUAGGGCAGCCAAAUGAGGCUCUGAAAUAUUUUAACAAGGCUCGUAAAGACAGUGACUGGGGAGAGAAGUCUGUUACAAACAUGAUCCAGAUAUGUUUGAAUCCAGACAAUGAGAUCAUAGGAGGAGAGGUGUUUGACAGCCUAAAUGAAGAUAACAGCCUACCAGGAGAAAGAAGAGAUUCAGAGACGCUGGGCAUUCGGACAGCUGAGAAAUUGCUGAAGGAGUUCAAUCCCCAUACUGUGCUGGGUGAGAAACGACUGACAAUGCUGCAGUGCGCCUGCCUGGUGGCCACUAAAGACAAGACCAAUGUGGAAACAGCACUUAAUACAUUCACUGAAAUGGCAGUCAUAGAGAAGGGGAAUGUCUCAGUCCUUCUAGCAAUGGCUCAAGCAUACAUGAUUCUAAAGCAAACACCCAGAGCAAGAAACCAGCUAAAACUUUUAACCAAAGCUCGCUGGACAAUGGAAGAUGCUGAAGAUCUUGAGAAGAGCUGGUUGCUGCUUGCAGAUAUAUAUAUCAAAUCAGGAAAAUAUGACAUAGCUACAGAACUGCUGAAACGCUGCCUUAACUACAACAAGUCUUGCUGCAAAGCAUAUGAAUACCUGGGUUUUAUUAUGGAGAAGGAACAAUCAUACAAGGAUGCUGCAGUGAAUUAUAAACUUGCCUGGAAUUAUAGCAGUCAGUCCAGCCCAGCUGUAGGUUUUAGACUUGCAUUUAACUAUUUAAAGGACAAGAAGUAUGUGGAUACUAUAGAUAUUUGUCAUAAGGUUCUUCAAGAUCACCCCACAUAUCCCAAAAUUAGAAAGGAAAUAUUGGAAAAGGCUCAGAGCUGUCUGAAGACAUAA